ACAGUAGUGGAUAGUCUUACGUCAGUUGCUCUUUUUUUCUUCCACUCGCUUUCGUCCACUCAACCUUCUCCGUCAUUUUGUCUGUACUGCUCAUUCUGCUGUAAUGAAUAUUUUACAACUACCUUCAAAGGCUCUCCGAUGCACACUUCAACACUGCGAUCUUCUGGAAAUAUUGAAUUUCUCUUUUGUCUCGAAAAAGACAAAACAGUUUGCAAAAUCUCUGCAUCGAAACGUCUCUGUGGUUGAAAUAGACAUUAAUGAUUUUGUGGAAGUUCAAAUCUGGAAAUUCGAAGUCACCCAACGCCACGAUCGAGUCAAGUUCACAUUUUUCUCCAACAUGCAUCGUAGUCUUCCGGUCGAAGAUCCCCAGUUUUUUAUGGAUCAACUUAUCCACAACGGAGUUAUUGACGGUCCAGAAAAAAUGAAAAAGUUCGGAAACGGAGAGCAUUUGAAAAUCCAAAGUUCAACAACUGGUAGAGUGAUUUGGAUGAGCAUUCCGAGCAUGGGAUUACGAAAGUAUGUUGAUCACUUACUGGAUGUUUUAAAUCGAGUAAAACUUGAUGAAUUCGCAAUAAACAAAGACAACUAUUGCACUGAAUCGAUUUGCGACGAGUUCCGAGAUUUCGAUAUUCGAUGCUUUAUGAAUCCCAGAAAAAUGUCAGACUCAUUGUUUCAUCAAAAGAUUAUGAGGCACAUUGCAAGUAAAUGCGACUCGCUUGAUCUCUGUACUCCAGUAUUUGAACCUAAAACUCACACAACUCAAGAGUUCUUGAUUCAAAACUUUGAUGCCUUACGAGCGAUGUACUUGUACAAAUAUAAUCUUAAUGAUAUUCUCUCCACAAACAUUUUUUUAGUUUUUGGGCAAGUUGCUAUCGACUCGAAUCAGUUGAAUUUGUUCGUCAGACAUUGGAUAAAGGGAUCAAACCCCAGGCUCGAGUACUUUCAAAUUGAUGUCCCGAAAGGAAUGAGCGUAGAGGACGAUCUUUCAGUGAUCUUGGACAAGGUGGACUUUCAGAAGCAACCAGAUAGUUUUGUAAGAGACUUUCCACUAUCUGUACAAGGAUAUGACCAGUUUAUCCCAAGUUUCAAAAACAGGAUUAUAAAAGGUGGAGUGGAUAUCAAAAGAGCCAAUGGAUCAAUAGCAACUUUAAAGUAUUGCAUUACUGACAGUCAUCUCAGAAUUCGAAUGUUUAUAUUUAAUGAUGAUAAUUAUACUUGAAAUAUGAUUUCUCAGUUUUAUUUAAUAAAUUAUUGCAAUAUUGAU